UAACUAGAAUAACAAAUUUAGUUGUUGAUACUUUUUCCAAUUGUUUGUUGAGCGGCGCGACAGACGCGGGCAGCCAAGUGAAAAUCCGAAUCGCAUCCGUAUAUCCGUGAAACCCCGUGGAAUCCCUUAACGGAAUUCAAUUCAAAUCAAAUCAAACAUUUUUUUUAUUUGUGAUUAAAGUGCAUUUCUAGAAGAACACACACACACACAAACACCCCACUAGUGUGUACUUUGCACACACGCACACAAACCCGCACUCGAGCAGCAAACGGCACGCAACGAAAAGCAACGGUAAAGCAGACGGUUGCAGCAGACCAAACGGCGAUUCUAUGAAGAUGGAAGUGCUCUCAGUACAAAAUCACAUUCAGGGAAAAUUCGGUGUUAAUAAAAUCAAAGACUGGCCGAGUUCGGGCGUUGCAUCCACCGCGCCGCAUCCGCUGGAGGAGGAGGAGGAGAACGCGGUCGACGUCAACGCCGCACUGGACGCCGACGUUGUGGACGGGCAUCCCGCUUCCGUGCUGCACAUGCGACAGCACCAGGCGCUCAACACGCGGUCGACGGUGCCGAUGGCACCCCCGGUGGCCGGCUCCGGGAAGCAGUCCGCGGUUGCGGCCAGCUUCGACGUGGUCAACGGCAGCUCCGCUGCCUACCACCACGCUUACAUGACCAACGUGCUGGCCAGCACCGCCCACCAUCCGGGGCAUGGCCACGGACCCGGGCCCAGCCCCAUGCCCGCAUCGCCCCUGCAGUCGACGGCCGGGGCCCGCUUCGGGGCGGCCGACAACAUGGACGACGUGAGCGCCAGCGCCGUGCGGGACCUCUCGCAGCAGCUGCAGUUCCAGCUGCGUGACGCCAAGCAGCGCCACCUGGCCUGCACUGAGGUGAACCUGCCCGCCGACCUCACGGAGCGCAUCGCCGCCGAGAUCAUCCGAAUGUCGGACCGUGAGCCGUGUGGCGAGCGCGCCUGCACGCUCUUCAUCGAGUUCGAGAGCGAGCCGAACAACGUCAGGCGCAUCGCCUCGUUCAAAGUGGACCCAGACACUGUGUCGAUCUUCGAGCUGUAUUUGACAUUGAAGCAGGACAAGAGCGGCUGGACCUCGCUGCUGCCGCAGUUUAUCAAAAAUCUCACCCGUAGCAACACCAUCAACAUCAGUCCCGACUUCACACUGACCAAGAACAAGCUUUACUCAUCCGAGUGAGGCCCUGUGCCGAGCAGGCACACGGACGGGGACGUGGGUGCGGGUGUGGAUGUGGAUGUGGAUGUGGCUGUGGACGCAGAGGCGCUACUCAAUACUCAAUCCCUCCGAACAACAGUAACAGCAGCAGCAGCAGCAGCACCAGCAGAAAGCCGUAGUAGCAGCACUGGCCGCCCCGUCCACCUUCCCCUCCAAGUCCACGUCCCUGUGCCUGUGCCUGUGCCUGUUCCCACUGGGAACGGGAACGGGAACGCCAACACGAACCGGUGCGUUCCAUCAACGAUCUUCAUCCUGUAACCAGGAAACGUUUAACCGUAGAGGCAACAACUUUGGACCACAACUAUCAACCAAUCAACCAAUCCUGCAAGCAACAAAUCAACAAAACAACUCAACUCUAACCAACAAUUAUUUUGAAAACCUCCUCUAGAGGAAGAAAACCCAACAAACAAAUCAACUGCAGUUGCAGGCAACUCAAAACUCUUAUUGGACUGACUUUUGGCUUAAAAAAAGGUACUUUUUGGAAAAUAUAAAUCGAAAAAUUAUAAAAAAGAGGAGGAACGGCCGCAUACAAGGCGAAACACAAACGAUAAGAAAUAUUCAAAAUAUUGUAAAAUGUAAAAUGUCGGGCGAGCGACAAAUAAACUUCUUCACUCAGUGAGCGGUUGUCGGGGACCCGUUUCGAGCAUAACAAAAAGCAUAAGGAAGGGCAACAAAACUCCCCCCCACACGUAGACGGAUCAUAGAGUAUUCGGUGUACGGAUGUGCCAUCAUCAGGAUGUAUUGUUCAGGCAUGCAACCCGGUGGGAUAGACAACCGUAUACGGGUAGACGACCGAUCCUUAUAAACCAGAAUGAGAGAAAAACAACAAUAAGCAGUAGGCAGUGGGGCCCCCCGCGGAGAGGAGGGGCAGAGCAAGAAGAGGAAAAGGAAUACAUAAUAACAAAUGAAAAAAACAAAGUUGAUGUGAUAUUAUAUAAUAAUUAUGAAUAUUGAAAAACGCAUACAAACACACGAACAUUUAACAUGAACCCAAACACGUACACACAGAAACCAACUAGAGAUUCGGAAAUCAUAGUUUGGGGAGUAUUACAAACAAGUAUCCGAAGGACGCCCAAGUGGCAGAUCCAAAUCCCCCCCAGAUCUAUCUAUCUAUCUAUCGGAUGGACAGAGAAAGAGAGAGACAAACAACAACAACAACAAGUGAAAUCCAAACCAACAAUAGAACCAACUGGAAUUCUCAAAAAUAUUUCCACCAAUUACGAUUAAUCUUUGUAUUAUUAUUUUAAUCAACACUAUAAUAAUUUAAUUUUUCUUUGCGCGCAGAGUUUCAAACUUUGCUAUAGAGAUCGCAGCCCCGUAGAGGGGCUGCAUAUAACAAAAAUAUAUAUAGAUAUAUAUGGAA